AUGAACACCACGGUGGUUAUCGCGGCGCUAGAAGCCGUAAGCCCAAUGUUACCGUCGUCUGUAAGUGAAUAGGAAAUCGAUCGGAUCGGCCGUGAUGGAGGGCAGCGCGUCCAGGAUCGAGUCCGGAAUUGCACCAGAGCUGUACUUCCUGAUCGUUAAGUUUCUCGAAUCGGGUAUCUGUCCGGAGGCUGCGACGAUACUGAAGCGGGAACUAGAGCGUACUGAGGUACUACCGGCACGAAUCGAUUGGGAGGGCAACGUGCAUAGUCAGUCGUUCGAGGAAUUGGAAAAGAAAUAUCCUCACAUUGGAUCAACUUACUUGUUGCAAAUAUGUGCCAGAAUUGGACCAGUGUUGGAAAAAGAAGUGCCACCAUGCGUUCGUGGAGUGAUAUCACUUCUGGGAGCAGGCAGACAAUCCUUGCUGCGUACCCACGAAGAUUCUACGCGCCAUACGUACAACAUUUUUGAUUAUUCGGGAAGAUUAGGUGGAAAACCUUUUCUGGAAUUGGCCGGUAGCUUAUCAGUGCCUAAUAUAGUACAUGUACUUCAAGGACGUGAGAAUUCUGGCCCUUUGAGUCGAACGCAAGCUAUACCGACAAAGUUUUACAGCAAAAUGAAGUUGUAUCGGCAUACGUUGGGCCAUUUAUCUGCGGUGUAUUGUGUGCUGUUUGAUCGCACUGGUACAUACAUCAUAACAGGAGCGGACGAUUUACUUGUUAAAGUUUGGAGUUCCAUCGAUGGACGUUUACUCGCCACUUUCCGAGGCGCAUCCGCGGAAAUUAUGGACAUUGCAGUGAAUUUCGAUAAUACUUUGUUAGCAGCGGGAAGUUUAGAUCGAAUAAUACGGGUCUGGUGUUUCCAAUCAAUGUCACCUGUGGCAGUUUUAACCGGGCAUUCAGGCAUGAUUACGUCCAUCAAUUUUUGUCCAAUAGUAUGUAAUGACGUUUAUUAUUUAGUUUCUACUAGUACUGACGGAUCCGUAGCCUUUUGGUCUCAUACAAAGAAAUCGAACGAAAGAGCAGUAUUUCAUACAAAGCCUAUUCAAUACCAUGAAAAAAUGAGGCCCGGUCAAGCACAAAUGAUUUGUGCCUCCUUCAGUCCUGGGGGCGCAUUUAUGGCAGCUGGCUCCGCAGAUCAUAAUGUAAGAGUUUACGCAAUGUUAGGAGACGAAGGACCACGCAGAGUCCUCGAGAUCGAGGCGCAUUCCGAUACAGUUGAUAGUAUUCAAUGGGCGCAUAGCGGCUUAAAAUUCAUUUCUGGUUCUAAAGAUGGUACUGCAAACGUAUGGCAUUUCGAGCAACAGCAAUGGAUACAUAAACAGCUGCUCAUGACAGCAAAGCUCCCUGGAGAACCAGAAAUGGAAGAUGAUACGAAUAAAAAAGCGAGAGUAACCAUGGUUUGUUGGGACGUGAGCGAUGAAUUUGUUAUAACGGCAGUGAACGAUUACACAUUGAAAGUGUGGGGUGCAAAGUCGGGUGAACUGAUGAAGGUUUUGCGGGGACAUAAAGACGAGGUUUUCGUAUUGGAAUCGCAUCCAAUAGAUCCUCGAAUGAUUCUCAGUGCUGGUCACGACGGACAACUUAUUAUUUGGGACGUAUUAAAUACAGAACCAAUGGUAUGUUUUCAAAAUUUCGUCGAAGGGCAGGGAAAUUGUGCCGUUUUUGAUGCGAAAUGGUCUCCUGAUGGUACAAAGCUCGCCGCAACAGAUUCUAAUGGACAUCUUUUAAUGUAUGGAUUUGGAUGUGGAGUAGAGAAACUAAAAAUCGUACCGAAAGAAUUAUUUUUCCAUACGGAUUACCGACCUUUGAUAAGAGAUGGAAAUAAUUAUGUUCUUGAUGAGCAAACACAAACGGCGCCGCAUUUAAUGCCGCCACCAUUUUUGGUAGAUGUAGAUGGGAAUCCAUAUCCGCCAGCAUUGCAGCGAUUAGUACCAGGAAGAGAAAAUUGUAGAGGCGAGCAAUUGGUACCAAAUAUUGCAGUUGGUGCCGGCGGCAUGCAAGAAGUUAUAGAAGGUCUUCCAGAACAAGAGCCAAGGUCGAACAUUGAUCGAUUGAUCGAGGCUCUUGCUCAGAGACAAAAUAUCAAUGGAGAAGCCGCCGGUGCUGGCGAUGAUAGGGAGAAUAACGUCGCGGAACAACCAAUCCGUCAAAUAGCAAGUCCUCGCGGUAGUAGAGCUGGUUUGAGGAGAGAGGGUAAUGUUGAAGGUGUUCGGCAAAGCAGUGGUAAUUGGCAAAGAGAUAAUACUACUCCAUGGAAUAAACCUAUGCUCGCGCGUCCCAUGAAUCCAGCUGUAAAAGAGACUCAGUUUAAAAUGAUUCAAGCAAUGGCUGAUAUGGAAUUAGAUAACUGGCGGCGGGAAAUGCGACGGCGGCCACAGCCUACCUCGAGCACUGCCACUAAUCAAGGCAAUAUAGGAAAUAAACUUUUAAAUCGCAAGCGUAAUAGAACUAGGCACGGUUAUAGAACUAGAGCAACGCGCGAUGAAGAAGAUGACGAUGAAUAUGAGAAUCUUGAUAACGCUGGCACAUCAGCGAGUUCAGCCAGUAGCAAUAGCAAUGAUUCCACCGCUCACGAGGAGGAUAUGUGCUCCGAUAGCACUACAGAAUCCAGUACUGAAUAUUCUGAUUGGAUUGCGGAUCACGGACUGAAUUUGGAGCCUCCCAAACGCAGUAAACGGAAACCUGUGAAAAAGCGAUCUGUUACACCCCCAAGUGAGACGGACAGAAGACGCAGAAGGCGUCCUAAGAAAAAAGGAAUACAAAUAGCUAAUGGUAUUCGUGAAGUUCCUGAAAUUUAUCGACCUUCAGAAUGGCUUACCGAAGUAAUACCGAGGAAAGCUCCUUAUUACCCGCAGAUGGGCGACGAAAUAGUAUAUUUCAGACAAGGUCAUAAAUUCUAUUUAGAUGCAAUUAGGAAUAAAAAGGUUUAUGAGCUUAGUCCGCGGUGCGAGCCAUGGACCAAGAUAAAUAUUAGAGCACAAGAGUUUGUAAAAGUAGUGGGUAUUAAAUAUGAAAUACGACCGCCUCGUUUGUGCUGUUUGAAAUUAGCAUUGAUGGAUGAGGACGGUCGACUUAGUGGACAGAAUUUUACUAUCAAAUACCACGAUAUGGCCGAUGUGUUAGAUUUCCUCGUGUUGCGUCAAACCUUCGAUAUGGCAUUAGCGCGAAGUUGGUCUGAGGGAGAUAAAUUUCGUUGUAUGAUCGAUGAUGGUUGGUGGAUGGGACAGAUUGUUGGAAUGGAGCCAUUAGAUGAAGAGUUUUCAGAAUCAUUAUUUAUGUGCUUCCGCGUCAGAUGGGAUAAUGGGGAAUAUGAACGAAUGAGUCCUUGGGAUCUUGAACCUGUUGACGAAGAUAGAGUCCCCGUAGAAAUUGGUGGUGCUGUUCCCGUCUUACCGGAAGAAAGACAAGCGAUACUAUAUCAACCUCACGCGGAGGAAUGGCCAAUGGGUGACAGAGAAGCGACAUGUCGCCGAAUUAUCCGAGGCUUGGAUCAAGUAAUGAGUCUUGCAAUUGCAGAACCAUUCGUAGUACCAGUGGAUCUCAGUCUUUAUCCAACUUACGCUUAUAUUGUUGAAUAUCCAAUCGAUUUGUCGACUAUAAAGGCUCGUUUUGAAAAUCAUUUCUACAGAAGAGUUACGUCGGCACAAUUUGAUGUUAGAUAUUUAGCAACAAACGCUGAACAAUUCAACGAACCACACAGUCAUAUUGUGAAAAAGGCAAGAAUAGUCACUGACUUGUGUCUGCGUAUAAUAAAAGAAACUACUGAUGUGGAUGUUCCGGCAGUGUAUCAUCAGUUAAAUGAUACAUACCACUCCUCCGAGUCGGAAGAGAUAGAUGUUGAGAGACCUUCAACCAGUAAAGUAAGGUCUAAGAGAAAAUGUUCACUUUUGCAAGAGAUUUCAAAAGACUGGAAGCUGGCGAGUCGCUAUUUGUUGGAGACCCUGUGGCAAUGCGAAGAUUCAAUACCUUUUAGGGAACCGGUAGAUACAUUAGAACAUCCAGAGUAUCAUCAAAUAAUAGAUACACCGAUGGACUUGCGUACUGUCAAAGAAGAUUUAUUAGGCGGCAAUUAUGAGACGCCAGCGGAAUUUGCAAAGGAUAUGAGAUUGAUAUUUUCGAACAGUAGGAAUUAUAAUACCAACAAACGUUCCAAAAUAUAUUCGAUGACAAUAAGACUUUCGGCCAUGUUUGAGGAGCAUAUGCGUAGGAUACUUACAAGUUGGAAAUCAGCACAUAAACUAUCUGAAACUAAGAAAACAAAACCAAAAGGAAAGAAGAAGCAAAAGAAGAAGAAAAAGAAAACAAAUUUAAGUAAUGGAACUGGACCUUCCAAAUCAAAAUCUACUCUUAGCGAUGAAGAUGAUAUAGACAGUGAAGACGAUUACGACGACGAGGAGUCGGGUAAAGAGCAGAAAAAGAAAGAUUUUGACAUAUCUGCACCUGGACCAUCGCGGAUGACAAACGGUCAUACGAAACGGUCUAAUUCUGGGCCGUCAAGGCCAAGACUGAAAUUGCGAAUCUGCCGAUCAACCGUGUCGAAAAAGCUGAAGGAUAGUGAUAGUGACAUUAGUGACUCUGAAGUAACAACAGACACUGAUAGCAGUAAUAGUGCCCCAGUCCGAAGAACUAGAGCGAGAACAGCGAUACCCAGUGUUAGUGCUGAUACCGAUUCUGGAGACGAUUACACGCCUGGCGGUCGUAGCAAGCAGGUUCGCAAAAAUCGCGGCAAAAAUAUUAAGAACGGUAAGCAAUCCAAAUCUAAAGUGAAAUUGAACGUUGUUGCGAACGAUGAUGACGACGAUGACGAUGAGGAGUACAUUGCGGAGAGCAAGAUGAUUGAAGACAACGAAGAUGAACUUGCGUUGGAAUUUUCAGAAGAGAGCGAAGAGGAAAAGAUCAUCAAAAGAGAUACUAGGUCACGAAAGUUAGUGUCUGAGAAUGUGCAGAACGUCCAAAAAUAUACUACUAAUAAUGGGAAAGACGAUAAUAGCGAUAGCGAGAGCGAAGAAGAUGACAAUGAUGAAGAACAAGAGGAACCAGAAGAAGAAGAAGAAGAAGAAGAAGAAGAAGAAGAAGAAGAAGAAGAGGAAGAAGAGCAGCCACAAUUACAACGUAAGACUAAUAGUCAAGACUCGGAGGACAGUGAUUAUUCUGACAAAAAAUACAAAUCGUCGCGCUCGAGCCGUCGAAAGCCGCGCAGUUCUAUGGAAUCAGAGGACACGAGGCAACAUUAUGGCAGCAGCAGACGAUCCUCGGCUCGGAAGCGUCCUUAUUACAAUGAGGAUAGCGACGACAGUACCACGAUGCCAGUGAGAAACCGGCGUAAGAUCAAGCGUCGCUCAUACGCUGAGGAUAGCGAUGAGAGCGUGCCAGAGCCUGGCAUUAGUAUAAGUAGUCGAGGUCGUAUACGUAAAAUGACACCGCGCGCCCGCGCUUAUCUUUUAGAAUCGCCCUAACGGCAUCUCUAGAUAAAAAUGACAUUAAAGGAUUGAUAAGGAUUUUAAAGACUGUAGUGUGUGCUGCGUAUUGAAAACUCAGAUCAUUAUCACUCGAAGAAACUGUCCAAAGAAGAAAUUUUUAAUCGUUCUUCUUGAUCUUGAGGUUGUCUCGACGCUUGCUUCGUCGGCGCUAUUUUCCAUAAUGUAUGGAAUUGCGAUGCAACAUGAAUCUCCGACAGAGACACUGAUGUAGUCUUAGGAGAUAACGCAGUGGAAAUUGGA